GUGACACAGUGAAAUGCAAAUCAAAUGGUUUAUUGCAAAUAAAUAAAUAAGAGCAGUCAAAAGCCAAACAGCUGACAAUAAGCAUGGCGAAGCGAAUGAUGCAAUUUAUGGGUGAACUCUAAGAAGUGCCUACCCCACAACCAAAGAAAAAAAAAGAACUCUCGAAUGUCUUAGUCGCAUGUUUUUCCAAUUGCAACGGUUUUCUUCUGUAUCUGUUUUCCGCAAACAACAACAAGAGCAACGAAAUUGACAAAAAUUCUGUGAGCAAAUUAAGUGCGCAAGGGCAAUUAAAACGCGUCUAGAUCAAGUGCUAACCGUUGAGGGCCACAUAAACUAUUUUAACAGCCAACAUGAUCGUACGCCAGCGUUCGCGUCGUGCGCGCAUGUGGAACAUGGGCUUGCUGUUUCUGAUCUACUACUGUGUGAGCAUCUACUCAGCUCAAGGCGACACUAAGGCAGACUUGCCACUAGAUGUGGGCAUGCUGCCCGAAGCUGCCGAUGCGGAUAUACCAACUGAAAUGCCAGGCACAUCACCCAAUCCGCUGCUGCUGAGCACUGAGGGUGAGCUGCUGCAGUCGACGCUAGCGACGCCAAUGCAUGGCGCUGUGCCCACUUGGCGACCCAAGCGCGAGAACUGCACGCCGCCUGCCAUUGAGCAGUUUCCACAGCCGCUGAUGAACAAGUGGGCGCGUCAGCAUGGCGGUCUCAUCAUACACAUACUGGUGGCCAUCUUUACCUUCUUCGGACUGGCCAUAGUCUGCGAUGAAUACUUCGUAGCCAGCUUGGACAGACUGUGCGAAGAACUGAAGCUAUCGCCAGAUGUUGCAGGCGCCACUUUUAUGGCUGCGGGCAGCUCAGCGCCCGAGCUGGCAACUGUGGUGAUUGGCGUAUUCUUUGCCAAGGACGAUAUUGGCAUCAGCGGUGUCAUUGGCUCAGCAGUGUUCAACAUUAUGUUUGUCAUCUCGGUGUGUGCGCUUUGCUCUGGCACAGUUUGCCAGCUCAACUGGUGGCCGCUGGUGCGCGAUUGCUUCUUCUACUGCGUCUCCAUACUGGUCAUGCUGAUUAUAAUCUUCAAUGACGUCAUCUCUUGCUUUGAAUCGAUUGUCAUGCUGCUUUGCUAUGUGGCCUAUUGUGUAGCGCUGUCUUUCAAUACGGAGCUGGAGCGCUGGGCCUUGAGCUUGAAUCUGCCCUUCAAGCUGCCCAGCAAGGAGGAGCAGUCAGCUUUGGUUACCUACAAGAAUGUGCCGGAAAGUUCGUAUACGCAAGGCCAGACCAAGGAGAGCGAUGUCAGCGCUCAGCCGCCGCCGCCGCAGCAGCAGCCACAGGCGCCGCAGUCGGAUUAUCAGAGCUACAAUGAUCCAAAUGCUGGCUGGGAUCCCAAUGCAGCUUGGGGCGAUGAGUCACAAGCGCAGCCGCAGGCUGCAGCGCGCCCAGCUGUGGACGAUUGGGGCAUGAAUCAGUUUAAUCAGGCGCCGGGACAGGGACAGGAGAACAUGGGCUACAAUGCGGAUCAGCCAGAGUCUGUGGUCACAGGUGAGGCUGCCGCAGCAGCAGCAGCCAAAGCACCCACAGCUGCUACACCUGGCGCUGUGGAUUAUUACAAGUCAACGGAUAGACAGCGCGAGGCACGGCCCGAUCCCUUGCUGCGUCCCACAGAGGGCGGACUGCCCGCUUUGGUGGCCUGGUAUGUCGUCUAUCCCAUACACUUUCUAUGCAAGAAAACGAUGCCCGAUGUGCGAUUGGAGCAGUAUCGCAAGUGGUAUCCAUUUACCUUUCUCAUCUCGAUGGUUUGGAUAUCGUUCUACUCGUAUUUUAUGGUCUGGAUGAUAACGGUGAUUGGCUCCACGCUGGCCAUACCAGACACUGUGAUGGGCCUGACGUUCGUAGCUGCUGGCGUGUCCGUGCCGGAUGCCCUAAGCUCAAUAGCCGUUAUCAAAGAGGGCUUCGGCGAUAUGGCCGUCUCGAAUGCAAUCGGCUCAAAUGUCUUUGAUAUACUAGUGUGCUUAGGUCUUCCAUGGUUCAUACAAACGGCCAUCAUUAAGCCCGGCUCGCACGUCAAUGUCAUAUCCAAGGGUCUGGCCUACUCCACUCUCUCGCUCUUCUCCACCGUUGUCUUCUUAAUACUGUCGACGCAUUUGAAUGGCUGGAAGCUGGAUAAGCGCUUGGGCAUUAUACUGAUGAUUUGGUAUUUGUUCUUCAUCACACUAGCGGCGCUCUAUGAGCUGAACGUCUUUGGCUACAUGAAUCCACCAGAGUGUGCCAGCACCUACUAAAUCAGUAGCUAUAGACAAACUGCACUUUGUUUCAUUUCAUCAGCAGCACCACCCACCCCACCACCCAGCGAGCAUUCAUAUAGCUGUAACUUAUCGAUACUAUUGAUAUGCCACACUCCAUACUAAGUAUGUAAGCAAAGUACUAAGACCAAUUGCUGCCAGCUCUAAACAGUUUUAAACGCAAUAUCGAUAGUAUCUAUAGUAUAUACAGCUCUACAUAGUCAAUAUCCACACGCCCACAAUUAACAUGCUCAUAUUCAAGACAUGACAUAACAUGACAUUUAAUGUUAAUAUUAGUGGAAAAACAAUUUAUUACUCAAAGCGCGUUUUACAUGAAUUUUUACAUGCACCAAUUAAAAAGAAAAAGACGACAGAAAUGUGUAAAAUGAUUAUAUAUUAUACAUAAAUGAUAUUUAGGCAAAAUGUGAAAUCCCAUAUAUACAAGAGAACAAACAAAAAAAAUAUAUAUAAAUGCAUAUAGCACUGUAGAUAGGGAGAAAUAUGUAUAAAAGCAAAACAAGUACAAGUUUCAAACAGCAAAUCAAUUGAAUUUGUUGCACACGGUUUUAUGGAACAACCCCCAAUAGCAAACGGAACAACGGAAAUGUAAUACACACACACACACACACACACACACAUAUAUAUAUAUAUACUCGUAUAUCGUAACAUAUAGUGCGUUGAAUUUAUUGCUUCAGUUAUAAUUUAUUUUUUUAUUUUUGUUCUAAAAUUUCUUUUAAUUCUUGUAUCGAAAAUUGGGUUAAACGCCUUUAUGCAAGGAUUGUUGCACUUGCCGGGCAAGUAAGUAUUGAUAAAUUGUUAGCUUGACCAAAUGAGACACACACACACAGACACUGAGCCAAUGAACGAAGUCAACGAAUUUUGUUAAAUUUGUUAAUUAGAUGCAUACGCAUAGGUAUAUUUAUUUUGUAUUAAAAGUCAAGAAAUCAAAA